AUGACGGAGGCUGGGCAAAGCCUACGGGACCCCAGUCGCCUGAUGAGAAGAGGGGGUACUCGUCAUCCGACCAGAUUUAUUAGUCAACAGAUCAUCCAUGUUGACCCUGCUUCCAACAAAUCCAAUCCAGUAAAUUAUUGCAAACAGUUUUUACGUUUUGGAACAUGGAACGUUCUAUCUCUUGUCAGCUCAUCUACACAGCUCUACCAACUUAGUAAAAACAUUGAUCAGUACAGAUUGGAUCUUUUGGGGAUCACCGAGACUCACAUGCCUGGAUCUGGCACCACUCUACUGGACAAUGGCAGUCUACUCAUCCAUUCCGGUAGAGUCGACGGGAUCAAGAGACAGGGAGUCGGUCUCAGUCUUUCAAAACGAAUCAGAAACUCCCUGAUAUCGUUCACUCCCACAUCGGAGCGGGUUUUAACUGCUAGGCUGCAUAGUAAGCAAAUCAACAUCUCUGUUGUUGUGGCCUAUGCUCCAACUGAGGGUGCAGAGGAGAGUGAGAAAGAUAAGUUUUAUAGGACACUCACAGAUACAUUUGAUGGGCUACCUCGUCACGAUAUCAAGUUACUGCUCGGCGAUUUUAAUGCAAAAGUAACAUCAGGCAGAUAUGGAAGUGAAGCGGUCAUCGGUGGGGAAUCACUCCAUAGCUCAUCAAAUGACAACGGGACAAGACUUGUGGAUUUCUGUGCGACGAACCAGCUUGUCAUCGGGGGAACUCUCUUCGAGCACAAGAACAUUCACAAGGGAACAUGGCGGUCCCCCAACGGGCUCACCGUCAAUCAGAUAGAUCAUAUCUGCAUUGGAAAGCGGUUUCGUCAGUCACUUUUUGAUGUUAGGGUAUGUCGCGGGGCAGACAUCGGCUCCGAUCAUUAUCUGGUUCUAGGACUGCUGAAAAUCAAACUUCAGUCAGUGACAAAGAUCAACGCCAACAGGCCCAAUGUGCCUGCCAUUGAGCGCCUGAGGGAUAGUACUACGGUUUUAGAGUACAAUGUGGCUCUUCAAAACCGAUUUGCAAGUCUGGAUAGUGAGGUCGACCUCGAGGAUAUGUGGCGUAAUCUCAGUCAGACCGUCACUGAUGUCUCACUGGAGGUACUAGGCAAAAGACCCCGGAAGGCAAAGGAGCAACACCUGUCACGGAAGACCAAGGAUUUAUUGACUCAGCGGGCACAGUUUAAGCGCAAAGACCCAAACUCGGACACUAACAGGUCAGAGUAUUCUAAACUUAAUAAGUUAGUCAAGAAAAGCAGCAAGCUAGACGACAAUAACUGGGCAGUAAUUAGAGUAGCUACUGAUCUUGAGGAAGCAGCGAGCAAAGGUCAGCAGCGUGAGGUAUGGGCAAAGAUCAAGAAGAUCUCUGGUAAGAACAAGAAGCCUCAAGCAUCUUGUGUCCGGGACAAGGACGGUAGGAAGAUCACGGAUCCCCAACAGCAGAGGGAUAGGUGGAAGGAGCACUUUACUGAACUUCUGAACCCCCAUCAUCAAGUGUCAACCUUGCCGACCUUGAUACAGUACCACCCCAACCCCACUUUAACUCUCUCUCUUGUUCGGAUGGACCACCCACCAGAGACGAGAUUAGUUAUUCCCUGA